GUGGCGUGUCUUUCCACUUUACCUUCUUAUGGAGCUGAUAUCUGCUUGUGAACGGGCCAUGACUCCGCUUGACUUGGAUGCAAUAGUGUCAGAACUGGCCCCCGCGUCCCAGAAUGACACUAUGGGGGCAACAGCUGGCAUAUCCGUGGCAACCAGAACUCUGAUUUUACUCGUCUGUCUACUGCUGGUGGCCUGGAGCCACACAGACAAACAAAACAUACCAGGUCCAUCAUUCUGUCUGGGAUUGGGACCUCUUCUGUCAUAUGUGAGGUUCAUUUGGAGCGGCAUAGGCACGGCCAGCAAUUACUACAACAACAAGUAUGGCGACAUAGUCCGGGUUUGGAUCAAUGGAGAAGAGACGCUCAUUCUCAGCAGGGCAUCAGCGGUGCACCACGUUCUAAAGCAUGGACACUACACCUCCCGUUUCGGGAGCAAGUUGGGGCUCAGCUGCAUCGGGAUGAAUGAGAGAGGCAUUGUAUUUAACAACAAUGUCACCCUGUGGAAAAAGAUACGCACCUAUUUCACCAAAGCCCUGACAGGCCCGGGCCUGCAGCAGACCUUGGAUGUUUGCAUUUCCUCUGCACAGAACCAUCUGGACUACCUGGUGGACACCAACAUGGAGACAAGUGCAGGCGGUGGACUGGCACAUGUGGACGUCCUCAGUCUGCUGCGCUGCACUGUGGUAGACAUCUCCAAUAGACUCUUCUUGGGUGUACCAGUAAAUGAAAAGGAGCUGCUAGAGAAGAUUUUAAAGUAUUUUGACACAUGGCAGACCGUCCUGAUAAAACCAGACUUCUACUUUAAAUUGAACUGGAUUCACCAGAGGCACAAAGCAGCCGCUCAGGAGCUCCAAGAUGUCAUAGGGCGCCUUGUGGAGAAUAAAAGGAGAGAAAUGGAGCAGGCAGAUAAACUGGACCAAAUCAACUUCACUGCAGAGCUCAUAUUUGCACAGAACCGUGGCGAGCUGUCUGCUGAGAACGUGAGGCAGUGCGUGUUGGAGAUGGUGAUCGCAGCACCGGACACUCUGUCUGUCAGCCUAUUCUUCAUGCUGCUGCUUCUCAAACAGAACCCAGAUGUGGAGCUGCAGCUGCUCCAGGAGAUUGACACCGUCGUAGGUGAGGAAGCUGCGCAAAUGUGUCCAAAAAGUCAAACAGCUUCUGGAGUGACUUGUCUGCUUGUAGGUGGCAGAGCCCUGCAGAAGGUUGACCUCCACAAGCUGCAAGUGCUUGAGAGCUUCAUUAACGAAUGCUUGCGUUAUCACCCCGUGGUGGACUUCACCAUGCGUCGGGCACUGUCUGAUGACGUCAUCGAUGGCUACAGGGUCCCAAAGGGCACAAAUAUCAUCUUGAACACCGGCCGCAUGCAUCGCACUGAGUUCUUCCUCAAACCCAAUGAAUUCAGUCUGAAGAACUUUGAAAAGAAUGCUCCUCGACGUUACUUCCAGCCAUUUGGAUCAGGCCCUCGAGCCUGCGUUGGCAAACACAUUGCUUUGGUGAUGAUGAAAUCAAUCCUAGUGACGCUGCUCUCGCAGUAUUCCGUGUGCCCCCACGAGGGCUUGACCCUGGACUGCCUCCCACAGACCAACAACCUCUCCCAGCAGCCCGUGGAGCACCAGCAGGACAGCAACUAUCUCUCCAUGACAUUCUUACCCAGAAAGAGACACUGGAACCCUCUUUAAGAAGACUCCCCCCCUCCGUGUAUUAUGUUUAUGUUCCCACACAUUUAUUUAGUGACUGCGUACAUUGCAUUACACGCUGCCUUAUGAAUUUGGAAGUAAAUGCAUUUUAAAUAUUUUCGUUAUUAUUGCAUGCCUGUAUAAAGCUUUUUUUCUGUUUUGGCAAAACC